AUGAGGGUCUCAUUGACCGCCAUCGUCGCCACUCUGGCAAUCCCAGUCAUCCGAGUAGCAUCGCGGUCCCCCUUCGCCCCCACAUCCGACCCAGGUGUUUAUCCAGGUGGGGAUACUAACCCAUCCAAUGGUUGGACCACGCUCCCUACAAUUGACGGCGCCCGUAUCGACAACUCGACGCUUCGAGUCGGUUCGGGCUCAGCUACACUUUUGCACUACAUCGACGAAAAGUACGACGCCAGCAAGAUUAGGCGUGCUGUGAUCCAGAUUCACGGUGAGAACCGUGAUUCGUGGAAUCAGUGGAUCUACUCUGAUCUAGCAGCAAAACGCGCUGCUGAAGGUGGAAGCUUUCAACGUAAUCAAGUGGUCGUGAUGGCGCCUAUGUUCUUCACCACCAAGGACGAAGGUGCCUAUCCAUUCGAUCCGACUUUGGAUGCGGGUAACAAAGCCACCGUAACAAUAGAUACGUCAGACACGGCAAUAGCACGGCAAGACUACGCUCAGCAAACCUCGAUUGCAGAAGAAUUCACUUCACCGCUUCUGAAACGUCGAGGACGAUUCCGAGUUCCACUGCAGAAAGUCAGCACCACCGAUGUCAUGAUCUGGAAGGCGGUCGAGUGGGGGGAAGGUGCGCCUGCUUAUGAGCCUGUCACUGCUGAAGGAGCUGGUAGCUUUGACGCGCUCGAUGCAGCGGUCGACUUUUUCCUCGACAGAUCACGUUUCCCUCGCCUGCAAAAAGUGGUCGUUGCCGGCUUCAGUUUAGGCGCCCAACUCACCAACCGCUAUGCUACGUUCCGCAGCGAUACCUCACAGGACGGCAGAAUCAUUUAUUGGAUCUCUUCACCCAACUCUUUCGUCUACUUGCAAGGCGAUCGACCACGCCACAUCGGGUCUUCCUGUCGUAACACGUAUGCCGACUACAAGUACGGCUUGAAUGGUACACUGCCGCCUUACUUCACCAACUCGAGCAAUCAGCUUUCUGCCUCCGGACUCAUCUCUCGCUACCUCAGCCGCACUAUCUUCUACCUCGUAGGAUUGCGCGACACCAGUUCAGGAUUGGACAGCUGUGCGCCCAACUCACAAGGUCUGGGUCAUCUGGACAAGAUGUACUUCUGGACGCAUCAGGUGAUCCCCAACUUGCCCGGAAGCACGGGCCAAGAGGGACAGUUGCCAGCAAACAACCUGUUGCGAUACGUUGAGGAUACGGGACACCAGGACUGGAAAGUGAUAACAUCUGAUCCGGGUGUCGAGACGCUAUGGUUGAAGCAGUGGUAUGCGAACGGCACGGAUGCGAAAGCGCCUGUGAGCAGUGGCGUGGUAGCGGGCAACACGCCGAGUAAGAAGAUCAUUAACGGUAUCAACGGUGCGCAAGCUAGUAGAAUACAUAUGCUCAUCGUGGUCCUAGCGGCGCUGGUCGUCUCGCUGAUCGCGUUGGUUCUCUGA